AUGAGUCGGACUGCCUACAACACGCACGCCGACGUUCUAAGCUGAAGUGGCGUACUGCCGUCCUGCUGUAGCAAUUUCCCCGAAGAUGGCGGCGUGUAGACGUGUUCAGCUGCUCCUACUGUUGAUGUCUGUGUCGAUCUACGUAUGCGGCGUUCGCGGAGCUAACGGUAGACCGCAAGACAGUGGCAACCUUAACAUUAAUGUUCCCCCGAACAAAGGAAACCCUCAAUUUCCAGGUGCACUUCCACCUGCGGGGAAUCCUGUUCAGGCAGCCGGGGCCUCGCAGCCCCGUCGGGCGACCGGCUGGAAGCUGGCCGAAGAGGAGGCCUGUCGAGAGGACUUGACCCGGCUUUGCCCGAAGCACACCUGGAACAAUAACUUGGCCGUUCUGGAGUGUCUUCAAGAUAAAAAAGAGGAUUCGGAGAUCGCUGCCGACUGCAACCAUCUGCUGUGGAACUACAAGCUGAACUUGACGACGGACCCGAAGUUUGAGUCUGUGGCAGUGGAAGUGUGUAAGACCACAAUCGUUGAGAUAAAGGAGUGUGCGGAGGAGGAGCGGGGGAAGGGGUACCUGCUGUCCUGCCUGGUGGACCACCGCGGGAACAUCACAGAGUACCAGUGCCACCAGUACAUCACCAAGAUGACCACCAUCAUCUUCAGCGACUACCGGCUCAUCUGCGGCUUCAUGGACAAGUGCAGGGAGGACAUCAACACCCUGCACUGUGGAAGCAUCAGCGCCGGGGAGAAGGACAUCCACUCCCAGGGCGAGGUCAUUUCCUGCCUGGAGAAGGGUCUGGUGAAGGAGGCGGAGGAACAAGAUGGCCGCCGCGUGAUCAAGGAGGACUGCAAGAAGGCCAUCAUGCGCGUGGCGGAGCUGUCGUCCGACGACUUCCACCUGGACCGCUACCUUUACUUCUCCUGCCGCGAGGACCGCGAACGCUUCUGCGAAAACACCCAAGCAGGAGAGGGCAGAGUCUACAAGUGUCUCUUUAACCACAAGUUUGAGGAAGCCAUGUCAGAGAAGUGCCGAGACGCUCUGACCACCAGGCAGAAGCUGAUCGCCCAGGACUACAAGGUCAGCUACUCCCUGGCCAAGGCCUGCAAGGUGGACCUGCGCAAAUACCGCUGCAACGCUGACACCAACCUGCCCCGCGCACGAGAGGCCCGGCUGUCCUACCUGCUGCUGUGUCUGGAGUCCGCCGUGCACAGAGGUCGCACGGUGAGCGGGGAGUGUCAGGGCGAGAUGCUGGACUACCGGCGGAUGCUGAUGGAGGAUUUCUCGCUGAGCCCGGAGAUCGUGCUGCACUGCCGGGGCGAGAUCGAGACCCACUGCUCCGGCCUGCACCGCAAGGGCCGCACCCUGCACUGCCUCAUGAGGGUGGGCCGGGGGGACAAGGGCAACGUGGAGAACCUCUGCCAGCAAGCGCUCCAGACGCUGAUCCAGGAGGCAGAUCCGGGGGCAGACUACCGCAUCGACCGGGCUCUGAACGAGGCCUGCGAGUCGGUCAUUCAGACGGCCUGCAAACACAUCCGCAACGGAGACCCCAUGAUCCUCUCCUGUCUGAUGGAGCAUCUCUAUACAGAGAAGAUGGUGGAGGACUGUGAACAUCGGCUUCUGGAGUUGCAGUAUUUCAUCUCCCGGGACUGGAAGUUGGACCCCAUCCUGUACAGGAAGUGCCAGGGGGACGCGUCCCGCCUCUGCCACACCCACGGCUGGAAUGAGACCAGCGAGAUGAUGCCUCCUGGCGCCAUCUUCUCCUGCCUGUACCGCCACGCUUACCGCACAGAGGAGCAGGGCCGAAGGCGUGGUUCAGCGGAAAAAGUACAUCUGUCGCGGGACUGUAAGGUGGAGGUUCAGCGGAUCCUCCACCAGAGGGCGCUGGACGUGAAGCUGGACCCCGAGCUGCAGAAGCGCUGCAUGACGGACCUGGGGAAGUGGUGCAGCGAGAAGACCGAAACGGGCCAGGAGCUGGAAUGUCUACAGGACCACCUGGAGGACCUGAUCCCUGACUGCAGGGACGUUGUGGGAAACCUGACUGAGCUGGAGUCUGAGGACAUCCAGAUCGAGGCUCUGCUGAUGCGAGCCUGUGAGCCAGUGAUCCAGUCCCACUGCCACGAGGUGGCUGACAAUCAGAUCGACACCGGUGACCUGAUGGAGUGCCUCGUGCAGAACAAACACCAGAAGGAGAUGAACGACAAGUGUGCUGUUGGGGUCACCCACUUCCAGCUGGUUCAGAUGAAGGACUUCCGCUUUUCCUACAAGUUCAAGAUGGCCUGCAAGGAGGACGUGCUGAAACUGUGUCCCAACAUCAAGAAGAAGGUGGAUGUGGUGAUCUGUCUGAGCACCACAGUGAGGAACGACACCCUGCAGGAUGCGAAGGAGCAGCGCGUCUCGGUGAAGUGCCGGAAGCAGCUGCGUGUGGAGGAGCUGGAGAUGUCUGAGGACAUCCGUCUGGAGCCCGAGCUCUUCGACUCGUGCAAACAGGACAUCAGCAGGCUCUGCCCCAACGUGGCGUUCGGAAACGCUCAGGUGAUCGAGUGCCUGAAGGAGAAUAAGAAGCAGCUGGCGCAGCGCUGCCACCAGAAGGUCUUCAAGCUGCAGGAGGUGGAGAUGAUGGACCCCGAGCUGGACUACCAGCUCAUGAGGGUCUGCAAGCAGAUGAUCAAGCGGUUCUGCACCGAAGCCGACGCCAAGAACAUGCUGCUGUGUCUGAAGCAGAACAAGAACAGCGAGCUGAUGGACCCCAAGUGCAAGCAGAUGAUCACCAAGAGGCAGAUCACUCAGAACACGGACUACAGGUUGAACCCUGUGUUGCGGAAGGCGUGCAAGGCGGACAUCCCCAAGUUCUGCCAGGGCAUCCUGAACAAGGCCACUGACGACAGCGAACUAGAGGGCCAGGUCAUCUCCUGCCUGAAACUCAAAUAUGCCGACCAGCGACUCUCCCCUGACUGUGAGGACCAGAUAAGGGUCAUCCUGCAGGAGUCUGCCCUGGACUACAGGCUGGACCCCCAGCUCCAGAUGCACUGCACAGAGGAGAUCUCGAGGCUGUGUGCCGAGGAGGCGGCCGCGCAGGAGCAGACGGGACAGGUGGAGGAGUGUCUGAAGGUGAACCUGCUGAAGAUCAAACACGACACCUGCAAGAAGGAGGUGCUCAACAUGUUGAAGGAGAGCAAGGCCGAUAUCUUCGUUGACCCCGUCCUGCACACUGCCUGCGCCUUGGACAUCAAGCACCACUGUGCCGCCAUCCCGCCUGGGCGUGGUCGUCAGAUGUCCUGUCUAAUGGAGGCGCUGGCGGACAAGAGGGUCCGUCUGCAGCCGGAGUGCAAGAAGAGGCUGCAGGACCGUAUCGAUAUGUGGAGCUACGCGGCCAAGGUGGCGCCAGCCGAAGGGUUCUCAGACCUGGCCAUGCAAGUGAUGGCCUCGCCCUCCAAGAACUACAUCCUGUUCAUGAUUGCGUUGGGCGUGUGUGUGCUCUUCCUGAUGGUUUCCAUGGUUACUGGGCUGCGGCGUCGGUUGAGUUAGAAAUGUGCUUCAACAGCUGCAGCAGCAGAUUCCCCCUGACCUCGUUUCUGCUGAAAAAUGGCUGCACUUGGUGGACUGAUAUCACUGUCCUCUUCUUGCAAUUGGACAUCUGGAACCUUAUGAUUAAAUAAAGAAAAAUAAAAAAAAGGAAAAGAAUCCCACAGUAUUGUUGGAAUUUGUAAUUGUUCAGAAGUUUUGUAAAGUUCAAACAGAGUCAUUUUAGUUUGGGUUCUCCAACUACAACCAUGCUUUGUGAAGUCGCUUAUAGUAAUCAUAUCGGUAAACCGUGCAAAGAUUGUCAGUGUAUAUAGCUACACAAACAUUUUUCUUUGAGAAGGCAUCCAUAGAGCCCAAGCAAAAGGGGUUUGUCUUUGAAAUGGUGUAUAAAAAUUUGACUUAUUUUAGAAUCAUGAAUGUCUAUAUAUACUCUUCCCAGUGCAACUCGGAUCCUGUUGCUGUACAAAAAAAAAAAAAAGAACAAAAAAAAGUUCUCUUUCUUUUUCUUUUUUCUUUUUUUCUCCCCCAAUCUGUUGUGCCUAAUAUCUUGGAUAACAUACAUUUUAAAUGGGUAAUCUCCAGAAACAGCAUUUCUGUACAACAUCAAGCUAACAAUCAUACCUGAGCUACUGGUGCAAUUAUGUUGCCGCACUGGAUUCUGCACAUGACUUUCAUGGGUAGGCAAGGAGUUUGUUUUUGUUCUGUUCAUUUGAGGUUUGGUUUCAGAUGCUUGUGUCUUGGCUUUGUCGAUCCGGUUGUAUAUACAGCAUUCUGGGGCACUGUCACACCCACCGAGGUUACAGCGGUUUCAGAAGGUUGCAGAUUUCUUUCUUUUAAAAAAAAUAUAUAAUAUACAGUAGGUGAGGGAUUUUGUUGGUAUUUUUGCUCCGCUUUUAAGAGAUGAAUUGUUUCGCUUCGUUCUGACUUUCCUCGCCAGUAGACCCUCCGGCCCCGUCCUCUGCCGUGCGAACGGGCUUCCUUCGAGUUGCUCAAAACUGCAAGGACUUCAGAACUUUCCCCUCAAAAUGCAUCUGUGCCACGCGCUGGGACCGCCAGCCAGCCAUGACAGUUUCGGACACGGUCCUCUUUCCGAGAAAAAGCCCCCCCUCCCCCGCUGACAGGCUACCGAGACCCCCCCCCCCCCCCCCCCCCCCGAUCCCCCAUGACACACCGUAACAAGGCGUCGGUGUAAAGGGGGCUGUGUAAUUUGCUGGCAGUGUCUCAGGCUCAAGGGUUGGCGGGAGCACUGUUGGACUGAAGGGAAAAGGCUUAAAAGAAGACUCUUUAACCCAGGAGCCAAAGUGGGGAAAAACUCACCAUUGCUUUAGACACCGGUCCUCCACUGCUUCCAGUACCAUCGAGACAUUCUGCAAAUCAGUAGUUACCGUCUUUUGUCCAUUUCAAGUGAGAUUUCCUCCAGUAAAAAUGAAAUGAUGAUUAUUAAUAAUAAUAAUAAUAAUGAUGAUGAUGAUGAUAAUUAUAAUAAAAAACUGUUUUGUAAUUAUUUUUUUCCUGUGUAUAAAGUCAUGGAUGUGCUAUUCUUUUUGCUCUCUGAUAAUGCCAUGAAAUAUUGAGAUGUAACAGAUUAACAUUGUGCUUUUUUUUUUUUAAUGUUUUUUUUUUUUUUUUUUUCGUUUUGUUUUCUGUACAGAUAAAAUUGGACAAUUUAUUAAUAAAAAAAACAGUCUGCAGGUUUUCA